AUUACAAUUUUGUACUGACCAAAGAGCCGUUUCAUUCAUCCGAUACGUAAACAUUUGGGAUCAGUCGCUUUCGUACCAAUGCCAAAAAUUGUAGUAUCCCGUUACAUCGUUCUGGGGGUGUUCACUUUUAUGACACUCACUGCUGGAAAUGUUCGAUUCACAAACCUAAAAUGCGACUCGCUCGACCCGAAAUUUUCAAUAGUUGAAAAAUGCAAUUUGAAACUAAUACGUCGCGGUGUUGUUGGCCUAAAUAUCACUGUUAAGUUGCUCCAGAUACCCGUCACAAAUGUUUCGAUAAGUUUGUCUUUCUUCAAAAAGUCGAAUGGUUAUCAGCCGUAUUUCUACAAUACCUCAGCAGAUUUUUGUAAUUUUUUAAAAAAUCGCCAAAAAUAUCCGAUUUUGCAAAUUGUAGCCAAUUAUAUGCUUCGCAAUACCAACAUAAAUCAUACGUGUCCAUUUGAUCAUGAUAUCAUCGCCGAAAAUCUAGUGUUGGAUAAAAAUAUUUUCAAACUUUUGCCUUUCGCUGUCGGAGAUUAUAUGAUGCGGCUAAUGGUGAGCGCCUAUAACGAUUUGAAAUGUGAAAUUAAAUAUUAUCUUAGCAUCUACAAUUGAAAGCAGAAGAACAAUUAACAGAGAAAUUAUAAAGAAUUGAUGUACAUCCAACUUUUACAAAUACAAUUUGCCAAAUAAAUGUUUG